UUUUUAUCCCCUCUUUUUCAUGUUUAUUUUGUUGUUGCGCUAAUUGCGUUUAUCAGCAUCUGCAGUAGAAUUCCGAGAUAUUUAGCAAAUAUUUUCUCUAUUUUGUAGAAAGUUGUGGUAAAAAACUAAAACUUGAAAGGGCUAAUAGAGUAUUUGUAAUUUGAUAAGCCACACAGAGGAUCGCAGCACAAAAGCAGGUGAGCAAUAAAAACGCUAAUAAAAUGGACGUAAGCGAGAGUUUCGAUCAUCAACAACAACAAGCUGAUGAUCUGCAACAGCAGCAGCAACAGCUCCAACAACAUCAACAAUUGCAAAUGCAAUGCGAACCCGCUUUUCAGGCACAAAUUGCCUCAUCUACCACCACACCCAUGGCAAUGCCAUUUGCGCUACCAAAUACAAAUGGUUUUGACCAAACAACGAUAAAUCCAUCAUCAUCGCCUCCUUUCUUAUCAUCUGGCCAAGCUAUACCUCUUCCAGCACCGCCACAAAUGAAAUCACCUCUGAUGACGCAACCGCAACCGCAACCACAGCUGCAGGGUCCAGAACAACAGAAUUUCUUAUUACAACAGCAUCGUCUAGGAAACGAAAUUGAUAUUGAUUCAUUGCUUCUUCAACAAUUCAGUUGUUUAGGUACUACGGAUCAUGAGGAUUUGGUUAGACAAUUUCAAAGUCUUAUGAACAACCAAGUGGAUCAAGAUGCGGCGAAAUUCUAUUUGGAAAUGAGUAAUUGGAAUCUACAAACUGCUGUAGGAUGUUAUUUGGAUAUACAUACAUUUCAAACGCUGCCUUCAAUGAAAAUUGUUCAACAAUCUCGUCCAAAUGAAAAUCAACAAGCGUUUAGGUUACAAAAUGAUGGCACUAUUGACUGGCCAAACGGAUGCUACUUAACGGCACCUAGUCAAAAGCGACGCAUUGAAGUGCCUGCUCUGAAACCAGGAGAAACUUGUGAUAUUUUAGCAGAUAUUCAUCCAACCCAACCGGCGAUUAUGUGGAGAUUGUGUACACCUAAUGGUUGGAACGUUGGAGAACCUAUUUGGAUGGUUCCACCUGGAAUGGCGGAUUCACAGGCUGAACUUAGUGACCGCAUGUCGCACUUAAUGUCUACAGACGUGUUGAACAGCGAUAGUUGUCCGCAAGUAAAUGUUGUGAUAUCAGUAAACAUGGAAUGAAAAAGCGUGAUUUGAGCGAAUGCUACGUACGGAGAGUGUUGAUUUAAAUAAUAAUAAUUACUAUACGAUUUCUUUGUUUUGCACUUUUCAACGAUGUUCUUUGUAAUAUUCGUUAGUUUUUCCUAUUUCCUCAUUCUUAUACAUAUACAUAUAUUAUAAUUAUACUUACAUUUCUCUUAUUAUAUGUAUUUAAAAGAAAAAAUUACAUUGGUACUAAUAAAUUUAGAAAUGGUUUGAAUAUUUUAUAAUGCCGUAGAACAGUAAGAAGAACAAUAUUGUAAUAAUGAAAUAUCCAUAUAUACAUACAUACAUAUAUAUGCAUGUAUCAUUUACCCGCAUAUAUAUGUAUGUGCAAAUUUUGUUUUUGUGCUUCUGUUUAUACAUACAUAUUAUGAACUUUGAUAAAUACAAGCAAGUUAUUUUACACGCUCAAUAGAUAUAAGUAUUCAACUUAUUUAGUUUUGGAGUCUAAAAUAAAUAAAAUCUAAAGUUCAUUGAGCUAUGAAA